AUGGGUAGCCCAGAAACACGAAUGAAAGUUCAAAAGCGUGACAUUCGUUUCUGGACCACUGGUUCAUUUCUUACCCUCACUUUACUGCUAUCUGUUCUUUGCGCUUCAUUUAGUCUACUGAUGAUAAACAUGCAGAAACCCGGUUGCUCACGUCGACCUUAUAAUGCCUCACAACUUGGGCAUGAGAUCUUUCUUGAUGAUGGAUCACGUGAGUUCCGUAUAACGGUUGUGACAGACCUUGAUAAAAACAGUAAGCAUCCAACGAAAAAUCAGUGGCAUAGUUUCAUGGAGUAUGGCACUUUAACAGUAAACAGUGACUAUACCAAAGCAUCUGUUCAAUGGGAUAAUGCGGAAAAGGCAAAGAUUUGUCGUUGCAUUUAUAAACAUUUCAUACUUUCUGAUUUUUUCAAAAUAUAUAUCUUGUGCCGAAAUGCAUUAAUAAUUAAGAACACAUUGAUAGUACAGGUCUCACUUCAUUCUACACUUGCUACUGAUGGGCGAUCGAUGGAGUUAUCAGAUCUUGUCGUUUUCGAUGGAAAUUUAUUGUCGAUAGAUGAUCGAACAGGGAUUAUCUAUCAAAUUAAAAAUAAAGCAGCUUAUCCUUGGGUUUUCAUUAGUGAUGGUGCAGGGAAUGCGACAAAAGGUUUGAAAGGUGAAUGGAUGACAGUGAAAAAUAGUUAUUUAUGCGUUGGAGGACUUGGAAAGGAAUGGACAGAUACAAAAGGUGUUUUUUUGAACGAAAACCCAAUGUGGGUUAAGUUUAUCACAUCAGAUGGCAGGAUUGAACAUGUAAGAUGGGUCGAUGAAUAUAAGAAGUUGCGCGCAGCAGUUGGGAUAGAAUGGCCUGGUUACAUGAUACAUGAGUCAGUACAAUGGUCAUCCAUAUACAACAAAUGGUUUUUCCUACCAAGAAGAGUUAGCAAAUACUCUUAUAAUGAUGUAGAUGAUGAAAAAAGAGGCGCGAAUUAUUUGCUUAUUGCUUCGGAGGAUUUUUCAAAUAUUAAUUACCGCCAGAUUGGUAGAUCAACUGCUGCAAGAGGUUUCUCAGCUUUUCAGUUUAUUCCUGGUAGUAAAGAUCGCGUUAUUGUGGCCUUGAAAUCAGAAGAAGAAGCGGGUAUUCCAGUAGCUAGUUACAUUACCGUAUUCAAUCAUGAGACAAAUCACAUACUUUUAGAUGAGAUUGCACUUCCUGGCAAAUUUAAAUAUGAAGGAAUAGCCUUUGUUUAA